UUGUCGCUUACUAGACCUUAUUUUGUCUUGGAUCUCAGUAAUAAAUUUCUCAUUUAGAGCCGCUCACUCGCCUGCUGCUAACUUUAGUGGGACGAUCCCCGAACAAACCAUAUAAAAAUUUACUGCCAUCUUUAAAUUUAAGGAUCAUUUGAACAGAUAAUCUCUUCCUCUUUUAGACCGUUCCUUUAACAUCACACACACCCUACCAUUAUCAUGUCUCUUGGUCCUGAAUCCUUAAAGGGUAAGAAAUACCCUGCCAAACAACAUGCUAGAAAUGUUUAUGCUCAUUUAAAAGAAAAGAAUUUAUCAAAAGCUCAAACUUCAGUAUUAUUUAUUAGUGGAGAAGAUAAUGAAUUGAUUUUAUAUAGUGAUCAAAAUAAACCAUUCCGUCAAAAUAGAUACUUUUUCUAUUUAUCAGGUUGUGGAAUUCCAGGAUCUCAUAUUGUUUAUCAACCUCAAAAUGAUCAUUUAACUUUAUAUUUACCAAACAUUGAUUGGGAAGAUGUUAUGUGGUCUGGUUUACCAUUAAGUUUAGAAAAUGCUAAAUUAAAAUUCGAUGCUGAUGAAAUUAAAUAUGUUGAAACUUUACAAGCUGAUUUAGAAUCAAUUAAUACCGUUCAUUUACUUACUACUGAUAUUAAUAAAUCAAAUAUUAAAUUUGCUUCUAUCUUAAAGGAAGGUGAUAAAGAUUUAUUUUAUGCCAUGGAUGAAGCAAGAUUAAUUAAAGAUUCUUAUGAAAUUGAAUUAAUGAAACAUGCUUCUAAGAUUAGUGAUAAUUGUCAUUUAGCUGUUAUGUCAGCUACUCCAAUUGAAACCAAUGAAACUCAUAUUCAUGCUGAAUUCAUGUAUCAUGCUAUUAGACAAGGUUCAAAAUAUCAAAGUUAUGAUCCAAUCUGUUGUACUGGUCCUUCAUGUUCAACCUUACAUUAUAUCAAGAAUGAUGAUGAAAUCACUCCUGAUAAAAAGUCAGUGUUAAUUGAUGCUGGUGCAGAAUGGGAAUGUUAUGCCAGUGAUGUUACAAGAUGUUUUCCAAUCAAUGGUGAUUGGACUAAAGAACAUUUAGAAAUUUAUACUACUGUUUUAAAAAUGCAAGCUGCUGCUAUGGCAUUAAUUAAACCAGGUGCAUCAUGGGAACAUCUUCAUUUAACAGCUCAUAAAGUCUUAAUUGAAGAAUUUCAAAAAUUAGGUAUUUUCAAAUCAGAAUAUUCUUUAGAAGAAAUCUUUGAAUCAAAAGUCAGUGCAAGAUUCUUCCCUCAUGGUUUAGGUCAUUUAUUAGGUAUGGAUACUCAUGAUGUUGGUGGAUAUCCAAAUUAUGCUGAUCCAGAUCCAUUACUUGCUUAUUUAAGAAUUAGAAGAGAUUUAAAAGCCGGUAUGGUUGUUACUAAUGAACCUGGUUGUUAUUUCAAUCCAUUCUUAUUAGAAGAUACUUUAAAGGAUCCUAAAAGAGUUAAAUAUAUUAAUAAAGAUGUUUUAGAUAAAUAUUGGUAUAUUGGUGGGGUAAGAAUUGAAGAUGAUAUUUUAGUUACUGAAACUGGUUAUGAAAAUUUUACUGGUAUAACUUCUGAUCCUGAAGAAGUUUCUAAAAUCGUUAAAGCUGGAUUCAAGAAGAAUUUUCAUAAUAUUGUGUAGAUUGUUUUAUAGUUGUUAGAUUUAGACAUUAUGUUACUUUAAAUGAAAUAUAAACCAUAACAAAAUAU